AUGUCCAGCAAAAAAUUCGGCACGGCCAACGUGCGAUGCGCCACCCUGAUCGGUCAUGUUGAUCACGGCAAGUCUUCCUACGCCGACUCUUUGCUCGCAGCGAACGGCAUCAUCGCCCCUAGGCAAGCAGGUAAGCUGCGAUACUUGGACUCGAGGGAGGAUGAGCAGGAGCGAGGAAUCACGAUGGAGAGCAGCGCAGUCAGCUUGAGCUUCAAAUUACGCGCUCACUCGACCGACGGCAAGGUGGGAGAGAUUUCAGAUUACAUGAUCAAUCUCAUCGAUACUCCUGGUCACAUCGACUUUUCUAGCGAAGUGUCGACUGCGAGUAGACUGUGCGAUGGUGCACUCGUCAUUGUUGAUGUUGUAGAGGGCGUUUGCACGCAGGUGAGUAGGUCAUCGUGCAUUUGGCGGUUGGUAAAGCAUGCAUACAGACGCAUACACGCCCCCUUUUUGCGGCUUGCUAGACCAUUGCUGUACUUCGACAAGCAUGGAUGGACAGACUAGCACCUAUCCUGGUCUUGAACAAGAUGGACCGACUCGUCACAGAGCUGCGACUCUCUCCUUCGGAAGCAUAUCAUCAUCUGACGCAGCUCAUCGAAAACGUGAACGCAGUCAUGGGAUCGUUCUUCGCAUCAGAGAGAAUGGAGGAUGAUUUGAGGUGGCACGAAGCGAGAGAAGCAAGGUUGAAGGCCAGAAAGGAAGCUGCGAGCGAAAGCGUAGUCGGUCAGUCCUCGAGCGAUACCAACGGACACGACGCUCUAGGCGAACAGGAAGAUGAGGAGAGGUAUCAAGAACUGGAUGACGAAGACAUCUAUUUCGACCCAGCUAGAGGCAACGUUAUCUUCGCGAGCGCCAUAGACAACUGGGCCUUCAGACUGGACCGUUUCUCUCAGCUAUACUCAAAGAAGCUUGGCAUACAAGAAUCUAAAUUCAGAAAAGUCCUAUGGGGAGACUUCUUUUUCGAUCCCAAGGGUAAGCGCGUCAUCGGUCACAAGCAGAAGGAGAGGGAGGGCAAGAACCUCAAACCAGUGUUUGUGCAAUUCGUUUUGGACAAUGUCUGGGCUGUGUACGAGAGCGCCUUGAAUCGGUGAGUGAAGCACCAUAAACCCCUCGAUUCGAAAAGCGCUAAUCACGCGCGGAAUCCGAGACCCGCAGUGAUCAAGAGAAGAUCGAGAAGAUCGUAAAGACAUUGGAGCUCAAAAUCUUGCCGAGAGAUCUUCGGGCAAAAGAAUCUUCAACCCUUCUGCCGCUCAUCUUCUCCCAGUGGCUGCCGCUUGCAGCGUGCACAUUUUCGGCUUUGGUGCAGUGCGUGCCUCCGCCCGCUGUCGCGCAGAGAACUCGCGUGGCAAAGAUGUUGCAUCCAGAAUUGAGCUACUUUUCGAAAAAAGAGGCUUUGACGCCUUUGGAGGUGGACCUGUUCGAAGCUCGGGCUGGAGAUGGGGCAAGGACUUGCGCUUACGUCAGCAAAUUGUUUGCGGUUCGACGAGGUGAAUUGCCAGAGGGCAGAAGAAAAGAGCUGACCGCGGACGAGAUGAGGCAGAAGGGAAAAGAAGCGAGAGAACGAGCGGCUGCUGCUAAAGAAGCUUUGCUGAGAGCUACAGGUGCCAGUGAAGCGCAAGGCUCUGAGCACGCAUCGUCUCCUCAGCCAGAGGCACACAAGACGGAAGAGGGCACAGUCAUUGAGAAUGGGCAGGCAGGACCUUCGGCUCGAGAAUUGGCUCAGCGAGAUGAAGAUGAGAAUCAGGCCAGGAAAGAUGAAGAGGUCGUGCUCGGCUUCGCGCGCUUGUAUUCUGGGGUUUUACAGGUCGGACGAAAAGUCUUUGCCCUCUUACCCAAGUACAACCCUGCCCUGAAAGCGGGACAUGCCGCUAAUGCUAAACACAUCAGGGAGGUCAACAUUGAAGCGCUCUAUAUGAUGAUGGGCCGAGAUCUAAUUGCUGUCUCAGAAGUACCAGCUGGAAAUGUCUUUGCCAUCAGAGGGCUGGAAGGAACGGUGCUGAGAAAUGCUACGCUCUGCGCGCCACCUGUCCAGAAAGGGUCACCAGUCACGCAAGAGCUCGACGUGGCAAGUUCAGGAGACUGCUUUGUCAACCUCGCUGGCGUGGGUCUAGGCAGCGCUCCAAUCGUCAGGGUCGCUCUAGAACCUUCAAGGCCCAGUGAGUGUCUGGACCUUCUUAGCCCGUUGCUGGCCAAAGAUGAGCACAAAUGAGCCUGACAGUCUUGGCCUUUUCAGCCGACAUGCCGAAGUUGGUUGAAGGUCUUCGGUUAUUGAACCAAGCUGAUCCAUGCGUCGAGACCCUGGUCCAGGAAACCGGAGAACACGUGAUCCUGUGCGCAGGAGAGCUGCACUUGGAAAGAUGUCUAAAGGAUUUGCGAGAGCGCUUUGCAAAGUGCGCAAUACAAGCUUCCAAACCCUUGGUCCCUUUCCGCGAGACUGCCGUCAAAGGUCAGGAGAUGCCGCCUCCGAAGAUCGAAGGCGCUGCUCGCGGUACGAUGCAAGGAUCACUUUCGGGCGGAGUGGUGUCCUACUCCAUCAGAGCUGUGCCAUUGCCGGAAAAGGUUACGGACUUCUUGAUCGCCAAUGCGAGAACUAUCAGGCAGCUAGUUAGCACAGAUAGGAGGCACGGAGCGACAAACGCAGGUCAGGAGACGGUCGAGACAAUUGCAGGCUCCAAUGCCUCCGAAGUUGAAGCUGCGAGCAGGGAGGUGCGCCCUCAAAACUUUUGGAGCGAAUUGACCAAGCUUUUGGACAGUUGUGGACCUCAGUGGAGAGGUGUUGUGGAUCAGAUAUGGAGCCUUGGACCACGCAGAAUUGGACCCAAUCUGUUGGUCGAUUCUGCCAGUCUACUGGCUCAAAGGUGAGGGAUGGGUGUGACAGUAGAUGCUCAAUGGAAUGUUACUGACAAGUUUUCGGUUGAUUCGAUUCGACCAGACUUCGCCAGCGGACUGAGCUCCGAAAAGGUCCGCUCAAGGAAAGCCAACCCGCCUCUGGAGUCUCCACUCCUGCAGGCCAAGGUGCUCAAUUAACUGGAGAUUCUGAAGUAGAUGAUUUGGCGUCAGCAUUAGAGCACGCGACACUGCCCGAAGCCGCAGAAGACUCUAGGACUCAAGAGAGCUGGACAGCCGAAGAUCUGCUAGACUCGAUUGAAAGCGGCUUCCAGAUAGCCACCUUGCAAGGACCGCUAUGUGCCGAGCAGGUCCAAGGACUAGCCUACUUCGUGGAAAGCGUCGUCGUCAAUCAUGCCGUGGAGGAGAGAGAAGGGAGUGAGUACGGGUCCCUGGUCUUGCGUUCCUUUCCAAAUAUUGACGUUGUGACUCUGCGAAUUGAUCAGACCGGAUCAAGUUCUCCCAGAUCACAGGAUCGCUCAUCUCAUCCGUCAGAGAAGCUUGCAGGAACGGCCUUCUGGAUUGGUCCCCUCGCAUCAUGCUCGCAAUGUACUCGUGCGACAUCCAGGCCUCGACCGACGUACUCGGCAAGGUACACGCAGUGCUUUCUAGAAGAAGAGGUCGCAUCACUUCUGAAGAGAUGAAAGAAGGCACCAGCUUCUUCACUGUUGGAGCUCUUUUGCCCGUCGUGGAAAGCUUUGGCUUCGCUGAUGGUGAGUGGACCGCUGCUCAGAAUCGCACGGAAUUGCGCAUGGUUUCGCUAGGCUUCUUUCUAACUUUGCAAAACGUUUCACUUCGAGCAGAGAUCCGCAAGAGGACGUCGGGCGCAGCUAGUCCUCAAUUAAUCUUCAAAGGGUGAGAGAGCAGUCAUUUAGCGCAGCUUGCAAUGGAGAAGGCGUCUCUCACUGUUCACCCUCUUCCCCCUAGUUUCGAGCUGUUCGACAUGGAUCCGUACUGGGUACCUCGCACUGAAGAAGAAUUGGAAGAUCUAGGCGUGCUAGGCGAGCGAGAAAAUGUGGCCAAAAAGUACGUGGAUAACGUGCGAAAGAGAAAAGUGAGUGUCGUGUAGAUUGGCCCUUUUUUUUUUUUUUUUUUGUGUUUUUUUGCUUUUUUCCCUCACGAGGAUGGUCUUCGCUGAACACGAUGCCUCACUUUCGACAGGGCCUCUUCGUGGACAGACGAAUCGUUGAUGCUGCCGAGAAGCAGAGGACGCUCAAGAGCAACUGA